AUACGGCGUUAAAACAGUAGUCCAAGAUUAUUUACGUCUGUCAUGUGACAGGAUCGAGGUGUUCUCACCUCUUAACUCUCUUAAGUGCUAUUGGAAGCCCAAUGAAAAUAAAUUGCAUGAGUAGCUCAUCGUCUCAGACUCUCACUGGGCUGAUCUACUGAUGCGUCUCUUGUCUACCUGCGUUUCGAGUAACAGCUUUUGCCACCAACAGCAAUUUUCGUUGGAGAUAGAACAGUCCGUCUAGAACCUUUUAAUUUACAGUAAAAUUCAUCAAAGCUUCAAGAACAAGACCCGGGUUAGGUUUCCUUCUCAUGGCCACUUCUUCAUUCAAUUAGAAUUUACGAUAGCUGGCUAGAAAUUGGACUUCAAUGGCUAAUGAGAAGCAUAGGAUUCUGAUGGUCUCUGAUUUUUUCUACCCGAACUUUGGUGGAGUGGAGAAUCACAUUUAUUAUCUGUCACAAUGUUUACUCAAGCUUGGCCACAAGGUGGUGGUUAUGACUCAUGCUUAUGGAAAUCGCUCUGGUGUGAGGUACAUGACGGGCGGCUUGAAAGUUUACUAUGUACCAUGGAGACCAUUUGUUAUGCAAAAUACAUUACCAACCUUUUAUGGGACACUUCCAAUUAUCAGGACGAUCCUUAUUCGAGAAAAAAUAUCUCUGGUGCAUGGACAUCAAGCCUUCUCAACCCUUUGUCAUGAAGCUCUGAUGCAUGCACGCACUAUGGGAUACAAAGUUAUUUUUACUGACCACUCACUGUAUGGUUUUGCUGAUGUGGGAAGCAUUCACAUGAAUAAAGUUUUGCAGUUUACUCUAGCGGAUGUGAGUCAGGCCAUUUGUGUUUCUCACACAAGCAAGGAAAACACAGUGCUAAGAUCUGGUCUGCCACCAGAAAAGGUUUUUGUAAUACCAAAUGCUGUGGACACUGCUAUGUUCAAGCCUGCCCCAGUGCGACCUGGCAAUAAUGAAAUUAUUAUUGUUGUGAUUAGUAGAUUGGUUUAUCGUAAGGGUGCAGAUUUGCUUGUUGAAGUCAUUCCAGAAGUCUGCCGCUGCUAUCCCAAUGUUCAUUUCAUUGUUGGAGGAGAUGGACCAAAACGUGUGCGGUUGGAAGAGAUGAGGGAGAAGCAUUCUCUUCAAGAUCGAGUUGAAAUGCUGGGUGCUGUACCACAUGCUCAUGUACGGUCUGUUUUGAUUUCUGGCCACAUAUUCUUAAACAGUUCUUUAACAGAAGCCUUUUGCAUAGCUAUAUUAGAGGCUGCUAGUUGUGGAUUAUUAACUGUCAGUACACGUGUGGGAGGUGUUCCGGAGGUUUUACCGGAUGACAUGAUUGUACUUGCUGAACCAGACCCUGUUGAUAUGGUACUAGCAAUUAGGAAGGCAAUAUCUAUACUCCCUAAGAUUGAUCCACAAGUUAUGCAUGAUCGUAUGAAGAAACUGUACCAUUGGCAGGAUGUUGCCAAAAGGACCGAGAUUGUGUAUGACCGUGCUUUAAAAUGCUCCAACCAAAAUCUUCUGGAACGUCUUUCACGGUACCUCUCCUGUGGUGCUUGGGCAGGAAAGCUUUUUUGCUUGGUUAUGAUCAUUGAUUAUUUGCUAUGGCGUCUAUUGGAAUUAUGGAAGCCUGCUGAGGAUAUUGAGGAGGUUCCAGAUAUUAUUCUACAUCAUCAAGAUGGAGAGAAGUUGCAGGAUUUCACGAAGACCAAAGCCUGAGAUGAUUUUUUUUUAGGCUCCAUUUGGAUGUCUGAACGGACAAGGACCAACCAACCAG